AUGGACCUCGGUUACAUCUUGCCCUUCGCAGCGAUUCCGGAGAACGGACGAGAAAUCAAUGGUUUAGAUGACCACUCCGAACUUGCUCACCGAGUGAUGCUGACCAACCUGCUUAGAUUGAUGGGCGAGGUCAAGAAGAAAAAGCAUGCUCUCAAACUCGUCACCCGCCCUACCCAAGUUGUCCUGCCGCUGUCCCCCAAUCACGGCAACUUCGGUAACGAUGGUCUCUACUCUGAGUCGAAAAUCUCGUGA